AGUGCCUUUGGACAGCGGGAUGAAGAUGGAAACACAUGGUUGACAGCCUUUGUCACAAAAUGCUUUGGACAAGCUCAGAAAUUCCUCUUCGUUGAUGAUAAGAACAUUGAGGAUGCGCUCAAGUGGAUGGCAGGAAACCAGCUCCCCAGCGGCUGCUAUGCCAACGUGGGAAAGCUCUUUCACACAGCUUUGAAGGGUGGUGUUGAUGAUGAGAUCUCCUUGACUGCCUACAUCACAGCUGCACUGUUGGAGAUGGGAAAAACCAUAGAUGACCAAAUGGUGGGUCAGGGUCUGUGGUGUCUAAGGAAUUCUGUCAUAUCCGCCACCAACCCCUACACACAGGCCCUCUUAGCUUAUACCUUCUCCCUGGCUGGGGAAAUGGACAUCAGAAACAUUCUUCUGAAGAAGUUAGAUCAACAGGCUGUCAUCUCAGGAGAAUCCACUCACUGGAGCCAGAAACCUACUCAGCCAUCAGAUGCCAGCCUUUGGUCUCAGCCUCAGGCUCUGGAUGUGGAGCUCACAGCAUACGUACUCCUGGCCCAGCUUACCCAGGACAGUCUGUCUCAGAAGGAGAUAGCCAAGGCCACUAGCAUAGUGGCUUGGUUGGCCAAACAACGCAAUGCAUAUGGGGGCUUCUCUUCCACUCAGGAUACUGUAGUUGCUCUCCAAGCUCUUGCCAAAUAUGCCACGACUGCUUAUGUGCCAUCGGAGGAAGUCAACCUGGCUGUAAAAUCCACUGAGAAUUUCCAGCGCACUUUCAAUGUGCAGUCUGCCAACAGAUUGGUAUCUCAGCAGGAGGCUCUGCCUAACAUCCCUGGAGCGUAUACUUUAGAGGCCUCAGGCCAGGGCUGUGUCUAUGUGCAGAUGGUGUUGAGAUAUAAUAUUCUCCCUCCUAAAAACAUGGAAACCUUUAGGAUAACUGUGAAAACGGGAAAAGCUAGAUGUGAGCAACCUACUUCACCUCGGUCCUUUACUCUCACUAUCCACACCAGUUAUGUGGGGAGUCGCAGCUCUUCCAAUAUGGCUAUUGUGGAAGUAAAGAUGCUCUCUGGGUUCAGCCCCAUGGAGGGCACCAAGCAGUUGCUUCUCCAGCAACCACUGGUGAAAAGGGUUGAAUCUGGAACUGACAAACUUAACAUUUACUUGGAAGAGCUCAGUAAAAAGACUCAGACCUAUACCUUCACCAUCAGCCAAAGUGUGUUGGUCGCCAACCUGAAACCAGCCACUGUCAGAGUUUAUGACUACUACCUACUAGAUGAACAGGCAACAAUGCAGUAUUCUGAUCCCUGCAAAUGAGUUUAGUCCAUCAGAGAAAAAGGAUAGAAGAAGGGAAGAGAUUACAUGAAUGCUCCAUGACAUUACCGGAGAGUAGAACAUUCUUUCUGCCUCUUCAAGCAAAACUCACUCAAUCAAAUAAUCUGAUGUAUCUGAUUGACUAGUGGAUGGGUGACAGAUCAGCACACCUGGACAGGCAGAUGGGGUAGGAAUAGUCACACCAAGGACACGUUACAUGGGAAAGAUCACGGGACAAGAGAUGUGGUUUAGCCAUUUAGGGAACUCUCCAUUAUUAGAAAUAGACUUUUGAGAACAGUGGUCCACAUUGUUCUUUAGGUCGAAGGACCACAUCAUAUAAAAUAUCUCAGGGUAAAAGGCUUUUUAUAAAUGGCAUAUAAUUGAAUUGGUGGUAGAGGGUGAUCGAGGGAAGAUACAAAUGUCUUCCGGGAGGUUAAAUCUAAGGGAAGAUGUGAUUUAGGGAUUUGGGAAUAGGCUAAAAAAAUAAAGUUUGGAAAGAAGAUCUA